AUGAUACAGAACCCAACCGCUCCCACUCACGCGUCGGUCGCGGCAAGGGCCUGCCUUCUCCUCCAUCCUCAAUCACCAAAAGUGUCCCUCAUGCCUGGAACCAACCAAUUUCGUGUUCGCCACGCGAGGUCGAGCGGCGACGAUGCCCAGUUCAUCGUGGGCGCGUUCGACUCGACAAUCCCGUACCUUGCGUCCAUCGGCGCUGGCGGGAUGUGGGGAGAAGAGCCCUUUUCCGCCAAAGACGGUUUCGAAGCAGAAACGAUUGAAUCGAUCCAGAAAUCGGAGCGCGACGACGAGCCGCUGCGGGUCUUCAUCGCCGAGGUCGAUGUCGGUGCCGCCGCGGCGCCGCAAGGCACGGCGCAGCCCCCCGUGCGCGUCGGCUCGGCCAUGAUACGCGAAGACUCGCUGCCGUCGUACAUUACGGAGCGAGAAGAGAUGAAGCCCGAGGUGGACGGGGCGAGGGACUUUCUCUUCCUCGAGGUCGUCAUCUCGGACUACCGGACGGGCUCGCUCCACAAGGGAGCCGGGGCGGCGCUGAUUGAGGCUAUCAAGAGCUACGGGCGGGACAGGAACAAGCGCACCCUGUAUGUGGAUUGCUGGGCUGGCAACGACGCCAAGCUGAGCAGGUACUACGAAAAGCUGGGGUUCACCAGGGUGGGAGACUUUUCGUUUGGCAGAGCCAGCGGAGCGAUUUGGCCAGGCACCUUUUUCCGCAUGGACCUGUAG